CCCAAAUUCAUGAACCUCAUCCACCUAUAUAACCCCUAGCUCCCUCCUUUACCCCCAAAAAUCCAUUCAUUUCUCAUCAUCUCACCCAAACCAAAAAUCAAAUCAAAUCCAAAUCCAAAAACCCUAGGAAACAAAUUCAAAUCCAAAUCCAAAAACCCUAAAAAAUUUCUUCAAUGGAUCGUAUGUAUGGAUUUGAAUCAUCAACAAAUAUAGAUCUAUUUGAAUCAAUCAAGAAUCAUCAGUUCCUCUAUCAACAACCAUCACCAUCAUCAGAACCAGAACAACCAGAGCCAUUAAUGUCAUUACCAGUAAGAAACCACUCAGGUGAUUUCCCAAUUUACUGCAUGAGUACAAGCUGUUCAUCUCUGUUUACAUGUUUAAGUGAGAAUUGGGGUGAUUUGCCACUAAAAGUUGAUGAUUCUGAAGAUAUGGUUUUAUUUGGUGUUCUUCGUGAUGCUGUUAAUCUUGGUUGGAUUCCAUCUGAAUCAUCACCAUCAUCACAAUCUCAAUCUCAAUCUCCACAGAUUUCUUCAUCUUCUUCGUUUUCUUCGCCAUUUCUGGAUUUUCCGUCGGUUACCGUUAAAUCUGAACCGGAAGAGAAUGUAACGGCUGUUAGGAAGGAGGUGGGAGUGAAGCCGAAGAAACAAGCUGUUGUGAGGGCUAAAUUUGAGAAAGGCAAACAUUACAGGGGUGUGAGGCAAAGGCCAUGGGGGAAAUUUGCUGCAGAGAUUAGGGAUCCAGCUAAAAAUGGAGCUCGAGUUUGGCUUGGGACAUUUCAAACGGCUGAAGAUGCUGCUUUGGCUUAUGAUCGAGCUGCUUAUCGAAUGCGUGGCUCAAGAGCGCUUCUGAAUUUUCCGUUACGAGUGAACUCAGGUUCUGAAUCGGUUGAGGUUGUUCCAAUGGUGAAAGCUUCUAAGCGAUCUACUUCUACUGGUGAAACCAGUGAGUCAACUAAGAGGAGGAAACAAGGAGUUAACCCACCCGAUUCAGCAUAGUAAUGUCCGUCUGAUGUGGCAAUGUUCAUUGGAGGAGCUAGUUGUAGUGAAGAUAGAUGAUGAGGACUAGAAUGAAACGUUUGGACGAAAUUUUUGGGUGUAGAAGGAAAUGGUGGGAUGAAGAUAGGGGGUAUUGUGUUAAGAAAAGAUAUAUAGUGGUGUGUGAGAAAAAAAAGAGUGUUUUAAUUUUGUACGGGGAGUAUUUGUAAAUAUCAAUUAUAUAUAAAGGAUUAAAAUGUUAAUUAUGAAGAAAGAAUGAAAAUUUUCUUGAAUGUGCCUUA